AUGGACCAAGUCGAUGCUGCGACAGUGCUGGGUGAGCACCUCAUCAACGCUAUCCUCGAAAAUGCAUCUGUAGAGACUGUCAAGGAUAUCUUGAAAUCGGGGGCACCGGUGUGGUACCAGAACGAGGAAGAGGGCGUGUCGCCUUUGCAUGCUGCUGCGUAUGUUCAGAACGAAGAGUUGGUUGCGAUCUUGAUUGAGAGAGGCGCUGUAUGGAAUGCAGUUGACAAUUUCAAAAACACCGCAGGCGAUAUUGCCUUGUCAUUUAACAACGCAGGGGUAUACACCCGCAUCCGCGACGCGGGCAUUCGCGCAGAAAUGCUUCUUGGGAUUCUAAACACCCGUUCAGAUUCAGACGAAUCGAUGGACGCUGAAGACGGCGCUCUCAUCCUGCGCGAAAAGGAUACAACAGCUACAGGGUCUAACACCGUGUUCCUAGAAUCAAAGCUCCGAUAUACAGUCGACGAGCACGGGCAGGAGAUAUGUAUGCUCAAAGUUGGGGGAGAGGAGGUGGGUGUGAUGAUGGGGUGGGAGAAAGAUAUCAUGCAGGAGACCGUGAAGAAGCUUUGUGAUGAUCAUCCCAACAACGAGAGAUUGAAGGUCCUCAAUGUUGGAUUUGGGCUUGGGAUCAUCGAUACCCUCUUCCAAUCCCUACCACACCCGCCAACCCAACACAUCAUAAUUGAACCACACCCGGACGUCCUGCAGCAUAUGCGCGAUUUGGGGUGGUACGACAAACUUGGCGUGCAGAUCCUCGAAGGAAAGUGGCAGGACUUUAUCAACGCGGAUGGGAACGAGUCAGUCCUUCUUGAUGGGGGCGGGUUUGAUGUCAUUUACACAGACACGUUCUCGGAGGAUUAUAGCGACCUUCAUCGGUUCUUUGAGCAUCUACCUGAUUUGCUGGCUGGCCCUGAGUCGAGGUUUAGUUUUUUCAAUGGUCUUGGUGCGACUAAUGCACUUUUCUACGACGUGUACACCCACAUAGCAGAAUUACACCUCGCAGAAGUAGGAUUCGACGUUGAAUGGAGUGAUGUGGAUGUCACCUCUACAUUUGAGGAAGAUCGGUGGGGGAAGAGCAGGGAAUACUUUACGCUGCCGUUUUAUAGAUUACCGAUAGCGAAGAUGGGGAUCAUGAUAUAG